AUAAUAUAGAUAUCGUGACAAUUCAAAUGUGUCAUAUUAAAAGUAGAGGAAAAUAAUUUGUCAGUGUACCGUUUUCAACAAAUAACCAUGGCUGAAAUUGUCACCCAAUGGAUCCAAGAAAAACUAGGCGUACUAGUCAGUUUAAAUCCGGAGGUCUUCUGUGAUGUAACUAGGGAUGGUUACCUGUUGAGCAAAAUUCUCAGAAGCUAUGAAAUUAUCAACGACGACCAGCUGUAUUUGAUCCAGAAAUCUGAGCUUAAAGAUAUUUGUUUGAGUAAUUUCCAGAAUUACCUUAUUCACUGGUUAAAACCUAUAAAUAUCCAUCUUGAAAAUGAAGAUAUAAUGGAUAUUGUCGAAGGAAGAAAGUUAGCUUCUUUGAGUCUUUUCUACCGAACCUUUUUAGAGUUACACGAAAAGGAUUGCCUUACAUUUGUCGCUAAAAGUAAGCUAAAUGGUGAACUUCAAAAUGCAGUUUCGAAAUUUACGGUCUCCAAAGUGAAAAAAAACCCGUUUAGCAAAGUGGAAAAUGUAGAAAAUCGCUAUAAAGAUCAGAUGGAAAAUUGCUACGACGUGAUACAUUGGCUUCAAGACAGGUUUGAAAUGGUCAUUAAUAAGUGCAAAUCUGCAAGAGAAGAGUACGUAGCUUUGAUGAGACAUUCCGAAAGAAGAGUUUCGAGUAAUUUUUCAAUAGCUGCACAUCAUUUUCCAGCUGGGGACUUUCAUAUGGAUAAUGGAUCUCUAAAGUCUGUGGAUUUGACUUACGAUGAAUUGGUGGAAGAGAGUCAUAAAAUAAGGACACAUACCUUUAAACCAAAUAUCAUGCAAGCAAAAGAGAUUACUCAAAAAAUCAAGGAUAAAUCCAAACACAAAGCCGACGCUGAGAUAUUUCGAAAAGAUAUGGAAGAAUACACUAGAAAAGUUUUCUGGAACAGACUGUUAAACGAAGAAAACCAAGAUUUCGAGACACAUCUUUCAUCGAAGAUUCUAAAACAAUCAUUGUAUGAAACGCAAAUGUUGAAAAAAAUGGAGGACAUAGCUCAACAAGAAGAACACAUGUUAAGGGGUAAACAGAUAAUAGUAGACGAAAUUAUGAAAGAAAACGAAGCGUUAUUGAUUGAGAAAUUAAUGGAAAAAGACGACACUAUAGAUAGAAAGAAGUUUGAGUAUUACUUAGAAAAAGAAAGACUUAAUCAGUUGCAUAGGGUUCUGUAUAGAGAAGUGCAACGCGUGAAGGAAGAAAAGAAGCAGAAAAUAUGCAGAGAUACUGUUAAAGCGUUGUGCGAUAUGACAAUAAAAUACUCAGAGUUUCAAUCAUACUUCGAAGAACCUCCUCAAAGACGAGUUCUUGACCAAUGGAAUAAGCUAAUCGUUUCAGGAUUCUCCUUAGAAGAUCCUGCUGUUUCAGCGGUGGCUCUUGUGGACGAAAAAUCUGUAGUUCCCGAACAAAUAAGGCUCAAACAACUGGCGAAACAAAGCGUAGCGGAUGAAAAAGAUUUUGAAAGCUAUGUGAAUUUUGAUUGGCCUUGGUUGUUAAGUCAAAAAGUACACCUUUUGCUGGACGAAAAGUAUCCUUUACCUGCACUGCCAGUACCACCCGAUUUACCGAGAGCACACAUCCGAGUAUGCGUUAACGGUUUAUCCGACAUAACGUGUUUGCCUUUGUUAACUAAACUCUUGCAGCACAAAAAUGUUAUAGUUGUUGAGCUACAGGACGCCGUAAAUUAUUGUAUGAGUGCUUAUAAACACGAAAUAGCUGUAACUAAGGAAGAAGAAGACAAAGAUGAUGCUGUGGAAGAGAAAAUUAUAAAAGUGAAGAAAGAGAAAGUUAUUAAAGGAAAAAAAGGAAAAGCUCAAAAAAGACCUAAAAAGGAUGAUCUUAAACCCAGUGUUGAGCAUGUAGAUAAGUUGGUCCAAACGCCAAGAAUUUUUCCGUCCGAAGAAAUAAUUUUGUCGCCGUAUGCAGAACUAGGGAGAAUAGCUGAAGAAGAGUUGUCAAAAGGAAAUGUACUAACAGAUUAUUUGUUGGUUUCAAUGUUUAUGGAAUAUUUAAGAUCAAAACCUGAUAUAGAAGGAUGGGUAUUGAUCAACUACCCAACGAAUAUUGAACAAGCCAUUCUCCUUGAAGAGACUCUUUCUGGACUCAAAGUUCCAGGAUUACCCGAAUCCAACAGGAUCUGCAAAAGUUUGAUUGAUAUUGUCUAUAUUUGCGACCCAGAAGAAGAAGUUGAAGAAGAUGAACGCAGGUUUUCCAAGUUGGUGACGGAUCCUACACAACCAUUAGAACCCCCUCCUUACGAUACAGUUCUGACAGCGUUUGUAAACAUUUGUCCAGACAUAGAACAAGAAACAGCAGAAUGGACCGAAUCUUCAAAGGAACAAAUGUCAUCAUUUCUCAAUGAGUCAGAGGAAGAUUUGAACCUAAAACAGUUUUACUCAGAUAUGGGCUGUUAUUAUUCCUUGUACUACAAAAGCUUCGAAUAUUCCCCUGUCAAGCAGUUGGCAAAACUGAUAAUAGGAGAUUACACUAUUCCUCCAAAAUCCUCCAUAGAACUCUUCGGAGACGUUAUCCGUUACAUUGAAUCCGAUAAAGUUUCUUAUAACAGACCGUUCAGAUCUGUUAAGUCAGGAGAAAAAGUAGAACGCGAAAGAAUCGAGAAAGUGUUUAAAAAAACUGAGGUUUCUUUAGCGUCAUCUGAAAUAGUAUCAAUGGAAAAAUUAAAGAAGGGCAAAAACAAAGACAAAAAGGCUAAAAAACAUGCAAGAGGUACAGUAAUUGUGCGCGAAGACAAAUACACUCAGAUCCCGUCUGUGACAAUUGUAGAAAUUGAAGAAGACGACAUUGCAGCGUACCAAAUCGAGCCUAAACCUGGUGAACCUGGAUACAAAUAUUUAACAUUCCCGCUUAAUGAAAAAGUCGGAGCAGUGAUAACAAACUUCUGGGAACACAUGGAAGAAGUGUUUGUUAAUGAUAUGACGCAAGUGUUGUUUUUGAAGAAGACGCAUUUGAAUAUGCUAAUGCCUUAUAUUUGUUACAUUAAGAACUUGAUUAAUAAACACAUCAUAAAGCCGGAUGAAAGGCAGAUGUAUCUUAAGCAGUUUCAGGAACGAUUCAAUCAAUUUGACAGUGACUUUCGUCGGGAUAAUGAGUUUAAGGCUGAACUGCAUUGCUUAGUAAACGAAUUAAAAAAUAGAUUAUUGGACAUGUGUGACAAUAAAAUGAUAGCAGCGGAACAGGAAAGACGCGCCAUACUUCAUAACAACUGGGGUCCGAGACAACUCGCAGAAAUAAUCAAUAACUACAUAAACGGCUUCCAGUUGGAGUUGGACAGACACAUAGAUACUUUGAUAUUCAUCAACGAUUAUUUCACCGGACUUAUCAGCCAGGUACUCACCGAAGAAGAAAUCACGAAGGAAAUUUUGCACAAAUUUGAACUAGAAAAUAAAUCGUUCGAAAAAUUGGUUAAUGAUUACUUGCUGGAAAAAUUGGACCAAGAGCAUCAUGAGGACCCGUUGAAGGGAAGACUUGAAACUAUUUACCAUACUGCCUUGUUAGCUGCAGAAGUACGUGAAGUUACAGCAUUUGAUCAUUUUUUGAAGGCAAAAUUAUUAUGUCAUCCGGACGAGGGAAAGGGAAAAGGAAAAGGAAAAACGAAAAAAGACCCAAAAACACUUCUUACUGCCUUCGAACCCAGCAAGGGCGUAAAGAACAAUCAAGACAGAAUUUUUGAUGAAUGGUUAUGCGCACUACACGGCGAAAUCGCUCGAUUAGAAAUCCGCUUUUUGCUAUUAAAACAGGAUAUGUUUGAGAAUGUUACCUGGUUUAUUAAAGCUCUAAGAAAGACAUUUAAUGAGAUGCACAGCAAUAUUAAAACAAGAUAUAUAAAAGAAGUAGAAUGCGUUAAAAAAGCUUGUCAUUUUCUUUCGACGGCAAUAGAAAACGAGGUACCCAUUCAAGAAGAGCUCCUCUUCGUCGACGAUGACUUCUUAAUAAACGCAGAUACUUUAAUGUUUGAAAGUCCAAUUCAACAAGAUGUUGAAGAACUGCCAGAUGAUUUGACGUUUAGAGUUUCUGAACUGUGGAAAAUCACAGACAUAUUUUCUGAUUUAGCUCCGGAUGGUUUUUUGCCGCGUGCCAAAUUUAUUUUUAUUCUCCAGGAUUUUAUAGCCAGCGAAGAACCAUACCUGGUACCGAAGGAAUGGCGAAAACUAGAAGGGUACCGAGUUAAAUAUCUGUCCCAAAGACUAUUUGAAAAUCAAAGCUAUAUUUCCUGGAAAGACUUUAUAAUAUACAAUUUACUCAUACCAAUUCCGACAGAUAAAGAACUCAUCUCGUUAAGAAAUCAAUGUUUACUUAUCGAUAAACUACGUUCGGAAAUAAUUUCCAAAGAAGAAUUUCUUGAUCUACUUUUUUGGUUCGACAAAGACGACGAGAAUAAAGAUAAGAGCAAUGGUGUCUCUUUGAAAAACUUACUGUUUAAGAUGUACAAGUACGAUAAAGAAUCCUGUAACUAUACAGCGAUGCUUCUCGAUUUUUGUAAAGGUGCAUCUACCCAAGAAGGCAUAGCAAAAGCAUUAGCUGUUGUGUGUCAGAAGUCUGUUUGUUGGAAUGAAGAUACAGGAAGAAGCUUUGUUCAAGAAGUUUUUCACAAAAGAGAAAUUCACGAAGAGGAGGUAAGACAAAGAGAAAAUCAAUUGCAAGAAUAUAGAGAAUUUGUUGGAUCUAUUAUUAAUAGUUUAAUUGAUAGAACAGUCCAUAGUUGUGACAGCGUAAUUAUUACAGAAAUACUACCAAAAGAUGAUAAAGACGUAAUAGAAAAUGAAGAUACUAGAGAAGUCGGAUUCGACAUAGAAAAUCAGGGAAAAUAUACACCACAAGAAAGAAAAUUUUCUAAACAUAAAAAUGACGGGAAAUUUAGAAACAGUGCCAAGAAAAUGUCCAGAACUUCUGAGUCACACGAACACAGGCAACGCAGCAAAAGUAGAACUUCCGAAUCACAUGAAAAUAGGCAACGCAGCAAAAGCGGAACUUCCGAAUCACAUGAAAACAAGCAAGGGAUCAAAAGUGUUCCGGAAACUGAAACAACUGGAAAAAUUAGUUAUAUCAAAGGCGAAUCUGGCACAACAACAAGUACCGUUCCGCAACAUAAAGAAAAAAGCUCUUCGCCGCCUACCUCUACAAAUACAAUCGGUUUCGAAAAUCAAAACUCUCCAUCACUCUGUUACUUCCUUCGAUUCGAUGAUAUCGCUAAACUUUUAGCUGCAACAUUAUCGAACAUUCUCAGCUCAAAAGACAAAAAGUUUUUCGAUGUUUUGUGUAAUGUAUACGAAAGCUGCAAAAACCCUGCUUUUAACAACGAAGUUCUUUGCCAUGAGUUUCUAAACUGUAAAGGCUUUUUGCAGCCUGCGAUCAACAAGCAGUUUUUCAUAGCCCUAUUAAUGGGACUAAUAUGCGGAUGGCUUAUAGCAUAUACUGGCGUCUCACAUCAAAUCAUAGCUUUGACAGAUCCACACACAAGUAACGAUAUGGAAAAUAUGUAUGGACCAACAGUAGAUCCCGGAGACCAUGCCGAUAAUGAAGAAUUUCACAACAUGGAAGAUCCAACAGUAGCAAAUAAAUUGUACAGUAACGUUAGGAUUUUAUGUUGGAUCAUGACUGGACCAAAAAAUCACGAGAAGAGGGCAAAACACGUGAAGAAUACGUGGGGGAAACGAUGUAAUGUUUUGUUAUUUAUGAGUUCAAAAGAAGAUAAUUCACUGCCGUCGGUAGCACUUCCGGUAAAGGAAGGUCGCGAUAAUCUAUGGUUGAAAACCAAAGAAGCGUUCAAGUACGUGUACAAACAUUACUACGAUUCGGCAGAUUGGUUUUUAAAGGCUGAUGAUGAUACGUAUGUGAUACUAGAAAAUUUAAGGUAUAUGCUGCUACCCAAUAAACCCAGCGAACCAAUAUAUUUUGGUUGUCGGUUUAAACCCUUCGUAAAACAGGGUUAUAUGAGUGGCGGUGCAGGGUAUGUGUUAAGCAAAGAAGCGCUUAAGCGAUUCAUUGAGGUUGGACUAACCAACUCGACAGGUUGUUCCCACGCCAACGGCGGAUCCGAGGACGUGGAAAUGGGAAAAUGUAUGGAGGCUGUCAACGUGAAGGCUGGUGACUCACGUGACUCGUUAGGUAGAGGUAGAUUCUUUCCGUUCGUACCGGAACAUCACUUAAUUCCAGGCCACGUGUCAAGGAGUUUCUGGUACUGGGAUUAUAUAUAUUAUGAAGCUAAACAGGGUAUGGACUGUUGCUCGGACAACGCGGUAUCAUUCCACUACGUCAGCCCGAACCAAAUGUACGUGCUGGAGUACUUGAUAUACCACUUAAGGCCGUAUGGAAUAUCAUUCCACGUGGAGAUGCCUCCAGAGCUGACUGAAAAACCAUCAGUCGCCGACGAAUCAUCAAACGCGACGACGUAGUACUCACAUACGAGUACCGGUACUAAUUGUUUAUAUCUGCAGAAUACAGGCUGUUGUUUAUUCUUAAAUCGAAAGGUUUUG